UCUUAUUUAAACUCUGAAACCCUCUCAUUUCUUGAUCGAUGUAGACGCAGGCAUCUCUCAAUUUCUGAGUCGAAGAAAUCAUCCACAGCAAUUAAUCAAGUGAAAGAUGCCAGAAGCGACAGGGAUUUUGGUGCGGAGAAGUGAAGUGGGCGGGAGAUUGUGGGUCAGGAGGGUGGACCCACCAGCAGCGGCGGUGACAACACGGAGGAUGUCGAGAGCGACGGAGGAUAAUAAGGAGAACAUACCACCAGCAGGUUACCUGGAAUCGUCACCAUUGUGGAGGAGGAGGAGGGUUAGGGUGAGGAAGAGCCCAUUGCCGGAGUGGUACCCUAGGACGCCGUUGAGGGACAUCACUGCCAUCGUCAAUGCUUUAGAGAAGAGAAGGCAACAAGUGCAGGUGGCCAGGGCUGCAGAGGGUAACAGAAACGGAGAAGCCUCUCAAGAGAGUCCACAAGAACUCAGUGUCGCAGAUCAAACUCUUCCUAUAGAUUCCACUCCACUUCAUGUUACCACAUGCAUUCCUCCAUCUUCUCCAGUUGAGCACCCAUUGAAGACCCCUUCCACUUCCAGCUCCAUUUCUGAGAUUGAUACAUCUCCCAGCAACGAGAAGCGAACUGAAGCUGAAGAAAAGUUGUGCAAGUCUAUUGAUCAGAUUGAGAAGAUUGUGAAGAAGAAUGAGUUGAAGCGGUCUGUGAGGAGGGAGGUCACUGCUAAGAGGGAGGUCAUGCAGAGGAAGACUCUUAUGUCGAUGCGAUGAGAUGAGUGAAACAUUUCGUUUCAUGGAGUUUACAGAAACCCUUCUUCUUGCACUGAUUAUGAUGAUAAGAUGAGUGUGUACUUUAGUGAUUGCUGCUUUGAAACACGCCAAUUCCAACUAUCGGUUUGAUUUGGCUCAAGGAUCACUCUACCAUGCUGUCUCUGUUGAAUCCUCACCUGACCUCUGUAGUGUUUCUGAAACCUGUGUAUGAAACAUUUUAGCUGUAUUCUGAAACCUGUAUAUAUUGCCUAUACAGCUUGUUACUUGAGAGUUGAGAAGGACCUAUAAUUUUAGCUGUAUUCUGUACAGUACACAGUUCCAAGUGCAGCUGUUUCUUGGAAA